AAAACUGCGACAGAAACUGAGUAGCACUCCGAGCUCUGGGGACAGUCAAAGAGAAAUACUGAAUUUCCUUCCCUUGUCUUCUUCACUGGUAUAGAUAAAUUAUGGUAUCAGUGCCUUCGAAGAAUUUAUGGAUGAGGAGGCAGCAAUGCCCGUGUGGGGAUUGGAAAUGUUUCCUUUCGAAUGAGGGUGAGACUGAGGAAGCAACCAUUGCAUCCCAGUUGGCAAGAAGUGAGUCUAGGUCAACAGAACCUAUGGUUUCGCCUUACGUGGGUAUGGUGUUUAAGAGUGAUGAAGAUGCAUUCGAGUACUACAGAAAUUUUGCUAGACGGAAUGGAUUUUCAGUUAGGAAAGAGCGCUCCAGAUUGAGCCCCCAAUUGGGUAUCUAUAAGAGAGAUUUUGUUUGUUAUCGAUCAGGUUUUGCGCCUACGAGGAAGAAAUCCGCAGGAGAGCAUCACAGGGAUAGGAAGUCAGUUCGGUGUGGAUGUGAUGCAAAGAUGUAUCUAUCAAAGGAAGUCAUGGAUGGAGUUUCUCAAUGGUGUGUUGUCCAAUUUAGUAAUGUGCAUAAUCAUGAACUCUUGGAGGAUGAACAAGUACGCCUACUUCCAGCUUACCGUAAAAUCCAAGAAACAGAUCAAGAGCGCAUUCUUUUGCUCUCAAAAGCUGGUUUUCCAAUCCAUAGAAUAGUUAAGGUGCUUGAGUUGGAAAAGGAAAUUCGAGGUGAACAACUACCCUUUCUGGAAAGAGAUGUUAGAAAUUUUGUUCAAAACCACAAGAAAGUAGUUCAAGAGAAUGAUGCCUUAUUGACCGAGAAAAGAGAAAGUGACACAUUGGAUCUUCUUGAGGCCUGCAAGGCUGCCAAAGAGACUGACACUUACUUUGUCUAUGAUGUUACUGUUGAUGAAAGUAAUAAGGUUGAGAACAUUGCUUGGUCAUAUGGCGACUCAGUUCAUGCAUACAACACUUUUGGUGAUGUAGUUUAUUUUGAUACAACAUAUCGAUCAAUUACAUAUGGUAUGCUUUUUGGAGUGUGGCUUGGCAUUGACAAUUAUGGAAAAGUUAUCUUCUUUGGCUGCGCAUUACUGCAGGAUGAAGUGCCACACUCAUUCAUCUGGGCUUUGCAGGCUUUUCUUCGUUUCAUGAAAGGAAGACCUCCUCGAACAAUUAUAACUGAUAUUGACCCUGGAAUCAGAGAUGCCAUCCAAAGUGAAUUACCUAGCACAAAACACAUUAUCUCUAUUUGGAAUAUCCUGCCAAAGAUAUCCAACUGGUUCUCUCUUCCACUUGGAUCGCGGUAUGCAGAAUUUAAAUCUGAGUUUGAAGUGUUAUAUCAUUUGGAGAGUGUAGAAGAUUUUGAAUGUCAUUGGAAUGAGAUGACUUCACGGUUUGGGCUAAACUCAGAUAAGCAUAUUGCUUUACUCUUUUUAUUCCGGGUAUGUUGGGCAUUUGCUUAUACGAGAGGUUGUUUCAUUGCACAAAUGAACUCCAUGUCGUAUGCAAAGUACAUAAAUGCAUUCUUGAAAGAAGUUUUUGGCAAACAUACAUGUUUGCGCAGCUUCUUUGAUCAGGUUGCAAUUUCAUCAAACUAUAAAACUCGGUCACAUGAUGAUUGGCCGUACAUGCAUCUUAGGACUUGCUCACCCAUGGAAGAGCAUGCAAAGAAUGUUCUUACUGAUUUUUCCUUCAGCAGAUUACAAAGUGAAUUAAUCUUGGCCAUGCAAUACACUGCAUCUGAAAUGGCUAAUGGUUCGUACAUCCUUCGCCACUUCAAAAAAGAUGAUGAACGCCUUGUUAUUUGGGCACCCAAAGAUGAACAGAUCCACUGUUCCUGCAAGGAAUUUGAAACUUCUGGAAUCUUAUGCAGACAUGCUCUUCGUGUUCUUCUGAUGAAAAAUUAUUUUCAGCUUCCAGAAAAAUAUUUCUUGAAUCGAUGGCAACAAGAAAGCUCCUUGCUUCCUUGUGACAAUAUAAGGAAUGGAUACAGCAGUGGCGACUGGUUUCAAGAGUACAAUGCUCUAACUGCAACUCUUUUUUCUGAAUCAUCGAUAACAGUAGAGCGCUCAAAUUAUGUUCGUCAAGAGCUUACGAAACAACUCACAAGACUAAUUGAUGAGGUGAAAAGCAUGCCACCUCCCAAUGGUGUUGUGAUGGAUUCAUCUCUUUCACCUGUUAACAUCUGAUUGUUGUCUGCUAAUGAUUAGAUUGGUCUUUGGGAUAGCUUAGGGAGGGAUAUCUAUCAAAUGAAAAUGAAAAAGGCUAAGAAAGAGUAAACCGAUAACUUAUUCAAAAGGAGAAGUUAUUGGGCAAAUACUUCACCAUAAUCUUGAGAAGCCAAUAAUAGCUCAAGAAAUUAAGCCCAAUAUUGUAUUUCCUGUCUUCAUUGGUUCUUGGAUGAAUUUGAAUUUCUGUAAGGAUGAUUGGUUCUUAGAAGAUAGUCUGAAAUCAAUUUCACAUGGUAGUGGAAUAUGUACAUAAGGAAAUGGAAACAAUGUAAAGUUUCUGAUUAAAUUUUAUUCAGUUUCUUCUAAUAAAUGCAUCUUGCUUGUGUGAAA